AUUCUAAUGUUGACCUUUCACUUCGGAUGUCUGGCCUUCUACAUCCGGGUUUGACGAUCAAGGAUGACUUUCCAAUGAAAACAUAUAAGGUCUCGAGUCUUGUGUGGAAUGGGAUUUUCAUAUAGUUCUACCGUUGACAUUGGGAACGACAAGGUAUACCCAUCAUGUUCAUUUCCAUUCCAGGCUAAUUUCCCCAAUGCUCAAGCUACUGUGAAAAAGUAGUGUUUCAGUUUUCUUCUUGAGCCACACAGAAACAUCUUGAGUUAUAUACCAAGCAAGCUGACGUCACGUAAAGCAUAAAGCUACAAUCUACAUCAUUUACGCCAAAUGUAAGAUGGAAAUGCAGGAGAUCAACGACUGAGCCAGUCUAGUUUGCUGAAUAGUCGCAGUGGCAACCGAUUAUGUCAACCAUGACAUCAACACUCUUGGGCACCAUGAAUGUAAACUCUACCAAUGACAAUGCUGUUACUUUGAACAUGACAACUGCGGGAAUGUUAGAAACCACGUCCCACGGGCGAACCUUUCGAUUUGAAGACUAUACUCAGAGAGCUAUCAUGGCAACUAUCAUCUGUCUGGUGGCUGUCGUCGGCAGUGUGGGUAAUGUCAUGGUCCUCCUGGCUGUCAUUUUGUCAAGGAAACUCCAAACACGCACCAACGUCUUCGUUGUCAACUUGGCCGUAGCUGACCUGGUGACGUGCUUCUCUGCGCCCUUCACCGUGGUGGCACUGCUCAGCAAGGUUGGUUGGCCUAUGCCAGAAAUCGUCUGUUCCAUCAUGGCCGCCAUUGGCUUCACCAGUCUUUCCUGUAGCAUCAUGAACUUGGCAGCAAUCGCUAUAAACCGGUAUGUCCUCAUCACCAAGACAACAGCUACCUACCGCUCCAUCUACACACCCAAGAAGAUUACAGUUAUGGUGGUCUUCACAUGGGUUUACCCUGCUCUGGUGUGUUGCCUUCCUUUCUUGGGAGUCGGUAAAUGGGGCUACUCGGAUAAAUACAAGACCUGCACCCAAGACACCUCCCACGAAACUAGUGAUUUCUUCAGCCUAAUAGGCUCUGUACUGAUCUACCCCGUCCCUUUGAUCAUCUUGUCAGUGUGCUACUUCAAGAUCUACCGCCACGUCACCAGCCACAUGAGGAAGAUGAUGGGCAAAAGUAAAGAUGUUGAAAUGGCAGAUACUUCAAAUUCCUCUCAUCCCGAAACCAGUUCGCAACUCCACAAGAAUCCACCUGCUAGUUUCAGCAAGCGGCAGGUGGAAAUCACUAAGAACCUCUUCUAUGUGUUCUGUGCAUUCGUGGCUUGCCUGGCUCCGUUCUUCAUCGCCCUAACGAUCCCUCCCAGUGAUCCUGUCAUCCCUUGGACUGGGUUAAUAAUCAUCUUCAACAGCGCUAUCAACCCGAUCAUCUACGGGGCCAAACACCCACACUUCAAGGAGGUGUUCCGUCACAUGUUGCGGUGCCGGUAUCACAUGGUCCCUGAACCUUCUGGAUGUCUUCGAAAAAUCAGAUCGAAAUAUUAGACCAGUACAUUAUGUUCUCUUCAUUGUGAGGAUCCAUUCAGGAUAAUCCUCGAUCACUCCGGAAAAGUCGAUAAAUCGAGUUUAUAGGACGAAUCUGAUUAGAAUUGAAGCAAAUAUUACUAUUUAUUGGUGUACAGUUUUUGUUUUCCGUUUGGUCAGGCCGCUGCAGUAUAGUGACGCAUAAAAUUUAAUUAAGGAAGCGAAAAGCACACGAAGGCUCGACCAAGUUGACUCAGUGUACAAAAGCGUGUCUCAUCUCAUAGGCUCUCAGCUUUUAAUAGAGUAGGUUUAGACCCUAGGUAAAUCUUUACAAAUAAGAAGGUUGUUUUUGUUUUUGGUGGACAUUUCAGCAAAACACCAAGUUACACUGACUGUGCACGGUACAAUAAAGAUUAAGGGAGAAUUAUAUCUUGAUAGGUAUUAAAGUUACUGUUAUCAUUUAAAGGCUCAUGUAAUUCCAUUUUUUGAAAUGUACCUUUGUGUUCCAUUCAUCUAUAUUUUUAAUCAUAAUCAAAUUGCCAUUUUUUAAGGGCGUUUUUGGUGCCUUUUUGGUUUUUAGGCUAAAGCUAAUUUCCAUAUGUAUGAGCAAAACUGUGAUGUCAUUAUUCAAUACAGAAACUUGCAGUGUCACAUCUGCUUGAAUUGAGCAUAUACAAAGUCACCAGAAUUUCAGGGGUUUGAUGAGGUUAUGUAUUUUUCUGCUUCCAUUGGUCCAUUGUUGUUUUAGUAUGUAACAAUAAUAUAGACAAAUGAGAAAACAUUAUGCACAGAUGUGUUACAUAGCAGAAUUUAUGGUGUACUAUUGGAAGGGAAAAACACAGCUGAAGCGUGUCUUUCUAAAAAGUGACAUCACAGCAACAGCACCCUCAGUUGUCAGGAAAGUCAUGAAACAUUUUUUUUUUAAAGUGAACUUUGCAAAAAGUUUUACCAAAAAGUGAUGUCCCGUAGUUUUAAUAUAUUUCUGAUCUGAGUAAUGGUACAAGCUUUAAAAAAAUAUGCUCAAUGUAAAUUCCAUUUCAACUACAUGUAGUACGUUUUUUGCUCACUGGAAAAUAAAUUCCAAUUGAGGAUAAUUAUGCCACAA